UUUGCGCCUUCCCCUCCCUCUCCAUACCAAACUGUCAUUCCGUCCUCUUUUUUUUUUCUGUUCGUGAUGGCAAUCUGACCGAGCGAGCGAUUGCAUCCGUCUCUGGUGGCUUACAUAGUAUCGGCACCGACAACGUCCGAGAGUAUCCGUCUUUUUCUUCCCACGAAGUGCGCUCGGCGAUAUCACAAGCUACACCUUCCAUUCCUUCAUCCAUUCUUUCAUUCAACUUUCUCUUCGUAGUCGCUCUCUACAAUACCUGAUCUCCGAUACUGCCGGUGGUGUUCGGACGGGUCCUCCCUCUUCAAUAGCUCACGGUUCCCUUCGUCAAAGAUUGUACAUUCCAUCACGACUCACGUCAUCUCAACUAUAUCUUUCGUCGCGUUUCACUCCAAUUACGCCUUGAUUUACGUUUCAGCUUGAAGACAUCAACAAGGAAUUUCGAGGGUCUUGGCUCAGACAACGUCGUCACCAAUUUCCACCUCAGACCGUCUUAGGAGAGACACGCUACAGUACGGUCGCCACCACCGCGUGUUGCUUCCAUCUCCAUCAGGACUUCAUAACGUCUUGCGCCAAACCGUUUUCAACUUACACCACUUUCACUUUUCCCUUCGACUUCAACCACAUCGAUAGGUAGCCAUGUUGGUCCUCAAGUCUCUGGCGCUGCUCGCCGCAGCUGUUCUGGUGACUGGACAGUCCAUCGACAGUCUGCCUACGUGUGCUCAAAACUGCUACUACUCUUCUCGUGAUGGAUUUGCGCAGUGUACUGGCGCUGAUCAGGGUAGCAUGGCAUGCCUUUGCCCCAAGACCGAUUUCUUCAGCGCCAUCCAUGACUGUGCGAAUCAGGCUUGCCAGGCUGAGUUCGGUGCGGCCGCCAGUGGGUACGCUGAUUCUGCUGUAACCGCAGCUCAGGCUGUGUGUGCAACCGCGACGGCAUCUGCUGGCGCACCACCCGCAACUUCAGCAGCUCCCGCAAACUCCGAUGCUGCGGCACCGCCGGCGAGUACUACGGUACCCGGAUCUAGUGCUCCUGCCUCUGCGGUUCCUUCUGCAGCGCCUACUUCUGUCCCGACGGAUGCCGCGGCCACGAGUGCGACGGCCCCAUCAACAGGUGCAGCUUCCACUACUGAGGGCUCCGCAUCAGCAACAUCAACUGGUGCCGGCGCGAUCGCCCCCGUGCCUACUGAGGGCUCCGGCGCCACUUCCGCUUCUUCCCCGGCGCCAACCCCUGACGACAAGGGCGAGGAUAAUCAUGCCGCUGGUGGACUCUCGUCAGGUGCUAAAGCUGGCAUUGGUGCAGGCAUCGGAGUGGGAGCCCUGGUCUUGCUUAUCGCUGUCGCCCUUGUGCUUUUCCGCAAGCGCAGCACGACGAAGGAUCACAUCAAGAUCGCCGAUCCUGUGGCGGGUGGAGGCAAUUUUGGAAACGAUCCGUACAACCAUAACAAUUUCUCGAAAGUCACAAGCCACGGCGGCAUGACCAUGAUGAGCGAGAACGAGUUGGAGUUGAAGACUCAUAGGUACGAGGAUAUGGUGCCUAGAGCGCAGCCAAGAAACAUGGUGUAAACUUGCACUGGUAGUGCUCAAGUCAUGUAUGGGAAGAGAAAUGAUGAACAAAAUAAGGAAAGACUGGAAGCAAAAUCAAAAAGAACACAAGACCACAGCGAGCGCAGGCGACCAAAGAAUAAGGGCAUAUGUAGCUGGACUUUGUAUGACCAAAGUCUUGGGCGAUUUGUAGACGGGUGUCGACACAUCGAUGGACAUGUUGCUUGGGUUCUAGCUUGAGAUUUCUCUGUAUAUAUUUGGCGGACUCGCUGCAAUGAACAUGAUUGUUCUGAUAACUUGAGGGACAUUUUGCAGUUGGUCGCAAGCAAGCUAUUUUCGACAUGGG